AUGGUGUCUGAAUCCAUUCUGCCUGUUGCUCCUCGUCGUGAUAUUCUGGCUCACACCAGAAGCUGCAUCCAACGACAAGUUGGUGGCGCAGGUCGACGAGUCCUUUGCCUGGCUAGUUCGCUUGGUGUUGCUGCUGGCUAUCCCGGUGCUGCUGCGACUUGUGGUGGCUGGCCUGGUCUGGUUCGCCAUCAAGGACGGCCUUUGGACCACGAGCCGGGCCAUUCGAGACUUCCAGCCCGAUGUCCUCCUGGGCUUCUCCUGGGGAGGUGGCGUGGCACUUUGGCUUCUCUCCGAGGGCCGCUGGAAGGUCCCUGCCGGAGGGUUUCCAAACAGUGA